AGAUAGAGAAUGGACCAGGAAAGAUAUAGGUGGACAGAGGUGCAACUGGGUGGACAAGCAGCAGCAGAAGAAGAGAAGAAGAGUAUUUUUCCAUCUGUUAUUUUUGUUUAGUCUUAAGAGAAAGAAGGCAGCAGUUUGACUCUGGCACCUUUGUUUUUGGAGCGUAAACUAGAUAGACUCUCUCUCCAAAUUAUUUAGAGACCCUUCAGACAGAGCCGGAUAUUUGGAGGUGGUGGUCUGGGUGGAGUUUUCUUUGCCUCGUAAGAUUAUUUCCCACACAUUUAGGCGCUCGGAUUACGAUGACCAGGAUCUGGGAGAUCUGGAUCAGCCUGCUGACAGUGUCCGCGGUGACCACAGGCGCACUCGCGGGAUACGGGCUGAGCAUGUUUGCGGCGCAGUCCUCCCCUCCGGACCCCUGCUAUGAUGAGAACGGGAACCCGCGGAGAUGCAUCCCUGACUUUGUCAACUCUGCGUUUGGGAAGGACGUGCGCGUGUCUAGCACCUGCGGGAACCCGGCCGCACGCUUCUGCGUGGUAUCCGAGAAGGGAGAGGAGCGCACGCGGGACUGUCACACCUGCGACUCCAACGACCCCAAGAAGGCGCAUCCGCCCGCGUACCUGACAGACCUCAACAACCCCCACAACCUCACCUGCUGGCAGUCCGAAACGUACGUGCAGUACCCGCAGAACGUCACGCUCACCCUGUCUUUGGGCAAAAAGUUCGAGGUCACCUACGUGAGCCUGCAGUUCUGCUCCCCCAGACCCGAGUCCAUGGCAAUUUACAAGUCCAUGGACUACGGAAAGUCCUGGGUGCCAUUUCAGUUUUACUCCACUCAGUGCAAGAAGAUGUACAACCGGCAGAACAAGGCGACCAUUACCAAACAGAACGAGCAGGAGGCCAUCUGCACGGACUCGCACACGGACAUGCACCCGCUCACCGGCGGCCUCAUCGCCUUCAGCACUCUGGACGGCCGACCGUCUGCGCACGACUUCGACAACUCCCCGGUGCUGCAGGACUGGGUGACGGCCACCGACAUCAAGGUCAUCUUCAGUCGGCUUCACACCUUCGGGGACGAGAACGAGGACGACUCGGAGCUGGCGCGCGACUCCUACUUUUACGCCGUUUCGGACCUGCAGGUGGGAGGACGCUGCAAGUGCAACGGGCACGCGUCGAAGUGCGUCAAGGACCGAGAGGGAAAUCUGGUCUGCGAGUGCAAGCACAACACGGCGGGACCCGAGUGUGACAGGUGCAAACCUUUCCACUAUGACCGACCGUGGCAGCGCGCCACGGCCAGGGAGGCCAACGAGUGCGUGGCCUGCCACUGUAACCUGCACGCUCGCCGCUGCCGAUUCAACAUGGAGCUGUACAAGCUGUCAGGCCGCCGGAGUGGUGGGGUCUGUCUCAACUGCCGCCACAACACAGCGGGACGUCACUGCCACUACUGCAAGGAGGGCUACUUCAGGGACAUGAGCAAGCCCAUUUCUCAUCGCAGAGCUUGUAAAGCAUGCGACUGCCAUCCAGUCGGAGCGGCGGGGAAGACAUGCAACCAGACCACAGGCCAGUGCCCCUGCAAGGACGGAGUGACAGGGAUCACAUGCAACCGCUGUGCCAAAGGCUACCAGCAGAGCCGCUCCCCCAUCGCUCCUUGCAUCAAGAUCCCAGUUGCUUCUCCAACAUCAACUUACAGCAGCUAUGAGGAGCCAUCAGAUUGUGACUCUUACUGCAAAGCUUCUAAGGGAAAAAUGAAGAUCACCAUGAAGAAGUACUGCAAAAAAGAUUACGCGGUCCAAGUGCACGUCUUAAAAGGAGACAAAGCGGGCGAGUGGUGGAAGUUCACCGUCAACAUCAUUUCCGUCUACAAACAAGGCCGGCACCGCAUCCGUCGCGGCGACCAGUUACUGUGGGUUCGUGCCAAGGAUGUUGCUUGCAGGUGCCCCAAGAUCAAGCCUGGGAGGAAGUACUUGCUCCUGGGCACAGAUGACGACUCCCCCGGACACAGCGGCGUUGUCGCUGACAAAGGAAGCCUGCUAAUUCCCUGGAAGGACCUGUGGGGGCGCCGGCUGAGGAAGUUUCAGCAGCGUGACAAGAGGGGAAAGUGCUAGAAGACCCUUACAGAAAUGUUUUUUGUCAUGGUUAGAAACAAGAAAGAGGAAAGGUUGGAUGAGAAAAAUAAACUGGAAGAAGUUAAACUAUAGGGACCCAGGUGAAGAGUAGGAGAAAUCGGGGAAAGACUGAGUGCUGCUGCUCUGAACUGGAGCGAAGAGAUUAGAGUUUUUUAGGAACUUUUGUGAAGAAGCUCUUUUUACCGUUGUUUUACUGCUUUGUCUUUCAAGUUGUCUUUGGUUGUGUAAUUGCAGAGUUUGCACCUAAUGUCACAAAUGUACUUCAUCCUGAUCAUUUUUACCCACGAUGUCGUUGUUCUUCGCCACAAUGCCUCGUCUGCAUCAGAACUUUGCAUCUAUAGAGUGUCUGUUUCGACUGUUCUGUAAGAAGUUGAUCAAAGUUUCUACACUGCAAAUGAGGGAAGGUGCUUUUUUGCAAUCUGCCAAACUUUAAAUGAUGCAAUUUCUCCUGCGAUUACCUCAUCAACCAAACUGCCGUUAAGAUUCUGUCCUGUAUCCUGUAAAAGAUGGCAGCCUUUGAUCUGCUCUAAUCUCAAACAUGUCAUGACCUCUGACCUCUGCAAUGUAAAGUAACCACACGUGUACACGCUUUCUUUUUUUUUUACUUUGUAGAUGAUGCAUCAGCUAGAUGCAGAGUAGAUGUGUCAACCAUGCACUUAUUUUUUUUUAAACUAGUCUUGGAACAUAUAAGAUAUGUUCACGCCUGUAGAGUGGCAUCCAAAAGAAAAAAUAAACUGUAAUUUCACGUUUGUUCCUUUUUUUUCUUAAGGGAAAAUGAUCUUUAAUUUUAUCACAGCAACACAAAACUCUUCAAAGGACUAAAUGUUAGCCUGACCUUCCAAAUCUUGGCGAAAGAGAGAGGUGAGAACAGGACUGGCUCAUUAAUGCCGAGCCUCGAGUCAACCCUGGUUCCACCUGCUUGCUUCUAUUUGCUAUAGCUGACUGGCUGAUAUUGAUUGUGAAUAAUGCACAUUUCAUUUUUACGCAGUAUUCCUUGUUGUGGUAAAAUAACCUGUGGAAUGAUUUAGCAUCACGUGUUUAAUUUUUUGCAGAGCGUUUAACACAACGUGUCAAAUGUCUGUCACUUUGGGGUGACUCCAUAUAGACGAGAUCCUGUUAUCGAUGCUUGGUACUCGACAAAAAAGGCAUGACUGAGUGUCUGUAUGUUUUAUAGCUGUAUAGUUUUACUUUUUAAAAAUUCUGCUUGAUUAUUAACCUGAUUUAUGUACAAAUUAACCAGCGUUUUAAAAACAAGAAGCGUCAGGAGUAGAGAUACGAAUUCCUCAUGUCUUCCCUCAGAUCAGAAACAUCGACAGCAUCAGGCCACAUGUGUGCUGAUUCAGUAACACCUCUGUACUCUGUGCAGCAUCACAAUGUAUGUACUGGUUAGAAGGUUUCUUUGAGCUACACUCCACCCAAACGCAAAAUGGUACUGCAUCAAAUUUCAGCACCCACAAGAAAGAAAGUUUUCUGCUGGUCUUCUUCUAAAAAUGGCUUGUAAAUGUUGCAUUUUAGGAGUGUCCUUGCAAAUGUCAUGUAAUGUCUUGUAAUACUAAUAUAUUAUGUUUAUCACAAAUGAAUAUAUUUAAUGACACAUUAAAUAAUGUGGCUUUUGUGGC